UCAGGGAGCUCCAGAAGUGGCAACGCAUUUUAUCACUUUCCCGGCAGCGAGUACGGCACCGUUGGUUUCAGAAAUCAUAAUGGAAUUAUUAUAGCGGCAGACGUCCUAGGAUCUUACGGAUCGCUCGCUCGUUACAGAAAUCUGGAACUUUAUUACGUAGAUCUUGAGAAGCAAUGCUUGGAUGAUGGAUUUAGUUUAAAGCCAAAGGCAUUGCAUUGCUGGCUAACGCGUGUCAUGUAUAACAGACGAUCAAAUUUCGAUCCGUUUUUGAACAAUUUUAUUAUUGCUGGUUUGGAAAAUGGAGAACCAUUUUUAAGAACUGUGGAUAAGCUUGGGACAGCUUACAACGAUCCUGUUAUUGCGACUGGAUAUGGUGCUUACAUGGCAACGCCUAUAUUGAGAAAAGCUUACGAGGAUAAUAACCAAAUGAAUAAGGAGGAAGCUAUCGAACUUCUGUACAAAGUAAUGCAAGUUCUUUUCUACAGAGACGCAAGAUCUUUCCCAAAGUAUCAUCUUGGCAUUGUCACAAAAGAAAAAGGAGUCGAAAUACAAGGACCUCUAACUUUAGACAGUUUUUGGGGACCUGCUGCUUUGUAAAAAAUUAUGUUUUCUUAUUCCUUUAAAAUAAGUUAUAAUAAAAGCGUCCAUGGUGAAGAUCGA